GUAGGUAUAUAAAGGCUGGAUAUCGUCAAAGUCGAUAUUGCCAGUCUUGUCUUGUAUCAUCAAACAUGAAGACCUCUCUCGCGAUUCUAGUUUUGGGUGCUCUUGUCGCCGCUGUGAUGGCCGAUGAGUACGCACCACCUGCUUACCCAAAGAAAUACGAUGGCUACUUCCAGUAUGCCAAUGUACCCAGUGAAAAAGAAUACGAAUUCGGCUACAACCGUGGAAAUGCGGGUCACUACACCUCCCGCUAUGAACAGUCCAAGGACCACCGUUUCCGCACAAAGGUCAAGUGGGCUGAUACCUAUGAUGGCUACGGUGAGCACUACUGGGAGUACAAUCAUGGCAACGGUUACGCACCCGCUUACUCCGAGCCUGCUCCCGUUUACGAGUCUGCCCCUGCCAAAUACUAGGCAAACGACGAAAAAUGUUAUUGAACUACGUCGCAACACGUUUCGUUCCUGCUGUUACACAAGAAUGGAGAUGCUUUUUCUUGCCCACCAUUGAAAACAAUUUGUCUCCAUUUUGUUGUAUUUGUUUUGAGCUUCCCUUUGGCGAUGACGUCAUCUGCUGGUCGGAUAUGUCAUUUCCUACCAUCCCCAUCCCCUUCAAAAAAAGAGAACAAUAAAAGAAAAUUAUGAUAUUUCAA